AUGGUGAUGGGCAAGAAGCCGGGCAAGGCUGACGGCGCGGCGUGCCGGCGGCACUGGCGGCAGGGGGCUGCGGGGGUGUGCCCGCUCUGCCUGCGGGAGCGCCUGUCCCGCCUCUCGCCCUCGGCGACGCUGCCGACCGUCGUCGCGCGCGGGGAGGCGGCUUCUCAUUCCUCCUCCUGCUGCUCGGACUCGGACUCGGACUCGGAGGCGUCGUCCACCGGCGCGUCGUCGGGGUCCGCGAGCCCCGGGUUCCACCGGGAGAUCAAGCACGCCGCGAGGCCGUCGCUGCUGAUGCGGCGCGAGCGGGUGGUGGCCGUGGACGGCGACGAGGUGGUGCUGGUGAUGAGAAGGAGGAGGGAGAGGCCGGCGACCAGCUUCUGGGCGAAGCUGCUGCGCGCGGCGACGGGGGGAAAGAAGGCCGGCGACGGAUGCUCGCUGGCGCACUCCAGGACGAUCGAGGCCGCCGCCGAUGGGAGCAGCGCCGCUGCCACGAAGUGGGUCGUAUUCUAGCUAGUUCUGUCUUUCUGUCUGCGACCAUUUUUCCGGUUCAAUCCGUUGUCAUCAGAGAUCAAGGGUUAGAGGGUGUUUGGAUCAUUAAAGACUAGAGACUAGUAGUAGUCAUCUUUAGUCAGUAAACUUUCAAACACCCCUGACUAAUGGGUGACUAAAACUAGUUUAGUCCCUAGUCACCCCACCCCCAAUUUUUACUGACUAAAGUCUCUUCUCUAAUUAAUUGGCGGACCCAAGAGAGAAUAAUUUAAUACUGAGACAUUUAAUGCUGACUAGUAGUAGUCACCUUUCAAACAGGGCCUGACUACAAACUUCUAGUCUGACUACUACUAGUCACAUGACUAGAGAGUAUCCAAACACCCUCUUAAUUAGAUCCAUGGUCUGUACAUAUUUCAAGGAAAUAACAUGACUUCAUUGACGCG